AGAAAAUUCCUAAAAAUAGGAUGUGCGUAUACACACGCGUCAGCGAUCUACACGAUGUGUGGCUUAAGGUCUCCUAGCACCGAUUGGUCCACGUGCCCAGAACAUGAAAACCACUAGUGGUUUUGUACGCUAAAAGAUAGUGGUUUCAUUGUCCUCAGGUACACUUUCCUUAUAUAGCUUUCUGCUGAGGUGAAUCAUCAGUCCAGCCAAAGCUAUUUUGGGCGAAACCUCGGUUUGUCUCCAUUCCUUAAAAGCUGUAGCUCCUUCUUUGAGAACCAGAUUUGGUAGGUCAUCGAUGGGGAGGGGUAAGAUUGUGAUAAGGAGGAUCGACAAUUCGACCAGCAGGCAAGUGACGUUUUCAAAGCGGAGGAGCGGGCUGUUGAAGAAGGCAAAGGAGCUGGCGAUCUUGUGCGAUGCUGAGGUUGGAGUCAUGAUCUUCUCCAGCACUGGCAAGCUCUACGAUUUUGCAAGCACCAGCAUAAAAUCAGUAAUCGAACGAUACAACAGAGCAAAAGAGGAGCACUACCAAUUUGGGAAUCCAGCUUCUGAGGUUAAGAUAUGGCAAAGGGAAGCAGCAACGUUGAGGCAACAACUUCAAAACUUGCAAGCAAGCCAUAGGCAAAUGAUGGGAGAAGAGCUUUCUGGUCUAAAUGUGAAAGACUUACAGAAUCUAGAGAACCAAUUGGAAAUGAGUCUUCGGAGUGUCCGAAUAAAAAAGGACCAACUUUUAAUGGAUGAAAUAGAAGAACUAAACCGAAAGGGGAACCUCAUUCACCAAGAAAAUAUAGAACUGUAUAAGAAGGUAAACCUAAUUCGUCAAGAAAACAUGGAGUUAUCUAAGAAGGUUUAUGGAACAAGGAAUGUAAACGAAGCAAAUCGAAACACUCUUCUGACAAAUGGUCAAGGUAUUGAAGAGGACUCAAAUGGACCUGUCCGUCUCCAGCUUAGCCAGCCACAGCAGCAAAGCUACGAGCCACCAGCAAGGGCAACAAAUCUGGGGUAUACCUUCUUCCUAAAACUACACUGUCCAUUAUGAUUACCACUUUCAAUUUUCCAUUUAUUGAUCAAACUGUUUUAUGAUGACUACAGCAGACUACAAUUACACUAGCAAAGAAGAUGCAUCAUAUUAGGAUAAUGUUAUUUUAUUUCUCAAGAACAAGGCUGAUGGAUUCAAAUUCAUGUUCUAUCACACUAGUGGUAAAAGAGCUGCAGAACAAUCCGCAAAAGGACCUUGAUUUGAAAACAAUGAUUUGAUGUGUGUGUGACAAUCAAUGAAACCAGCUACAUAUGUAAAGAUGAGAUCAAUAUAUAAUAAAGAAUAAUUGACUUGCACUUCCCGUGCAGCUCAACUUUUAGAAAUCUCUAAGUCUAUCAGCAUCUGUGAAACAAACUUUCUCUGAAAAAUAUUGCGAUGUUUAUAUGCAUGUCAUCAAUUUUUCUACACAAAACAUGUGAACACCAGCACUUGGUUUGAAAAAAGAUGAAAAUAUAAAGGGAAAGAAGCAAAACCAUUCGACUUACUGCAUUAAAGUUCAGUCCAUUUAAGUACUGAAUUUCAAAAAAUGGUGUAUGCGGUGUUUACCUUCUUGUCCACGCAGUCUGAUAUUACAUAGAAGGCAUCUACAAUGAUUUGCCGUCCUGACUGCAAUAUAAUGUUCAGCAAGGAAGUAAUAGGUAGUUAAGCACAGUAAGCAAAAUCAAGCCAUAUAUAAAUUCACUGAAACAAUCAUUAAAUGUACACAGAAUUCUCUGAUACAAUAAUAAAAAAAACCUCUAGGACAUCUAAUUAAAUAAAUUCAAACCAGUUGGAAAGAAAAUCAUGCAUAGUCAAAUCGAAGAAAAAAUUAUAAAAAUGCUGGUUAUGAUCACAUGUAGAUUCUGGACCAUUUCUGAUUGAAACAACAUAAAACAGGUGAGUACAAUGCAGUGCAAUCCACAAAUAUUAGGCCUCCGGGACUAUGAAAAAGUAUCUUAUAUCAAAUUAGGACUAGUAGACUAUACAUGCCCAGGUUCGAGACUUCGGAAUAUCCCAUGCCACUCUAUGGUAUUUGUUUUCAUAGACAUAGUUCUUAAUAACCAUAGCCAGAUCCAUGUUUCCAAGUUUACAGAUUCAUGCACCAAAUAAUAAACAACAGAAAUGGAUAAAGUUACAAGAGAUCUAUGGACUGCAAUGCAAAUCCCAUAGUGGAAUUCUAAAGUACUACCAAGACAUAUGAAAGACUUCCUAUUGGAUAGGGAAGACCGCAUAAUCAUGCCACAUUUGAGAUUCAACUUUUGGAAAGUAGGGAAAAAUAACAAUUCAUGAGAUUAGGUAUAUCAACAACUAAGGCCUGCCUAGCAUAGCUUGCAAGGAAAGGAUCAGAAACAUGUUAAAAUAAAAAUUCUUGGUCUUCAAA